UGAAGUGAGACAUUGCUCGAAAACAAUCUUUGGGUUAGCAGCUCGGCAGCCUCGAGAAUAUCCGACUAGCCCUAUUUUGUGGUCUCUUUGCCAAUUUCUGUGCUUAAAUACAACCUCAUGCGUCGGUGCUAUCCGCCCAAGCAAUAGCAAUGUCCUCAACCUUCAGUUAUUUUUCGGGGACGUCAGGCAGUGGCUCUUGCACGCACUCCAUUAGCAGUGAAUCCGAUUCCUGGUCCCGCCACAGUGCUAUCAUGCAUCAACAACCACCAAUCUACGGGACUGCUAGCGAGCCUCCGCUGGUUUAUCAACCCCAUCCAAGGUAUCUAUCUAAUCAUGCUGUGUCGCUUCACUUCCCAUUGGGAAGAGAUGGUAUCGUGCUGAGGUAAACUUAUCUAGCGCCAAACGAUUUUCUCCCCCACAUCGUGAUUGCGGUCCUCUAGACACUCAAUCUGCUACCGCAAGGCCGCCAAAGCAAGUAUCGCCGGAGUUUGAGUUUCCCAUGCCAUACAAUGGCCUUCCGGUGACUACACACGCCUCUGUUGGGAUGACUGUCUCGCCCGUGGGGCCUUUGCCACGUCCAAUUCUUUCGCGAGAGUGGGAACAUCCCGCUCACCUGCCUCCGGAAUCGCUUAGGCGCGAUUAUAACUUUGUUAAGCCAGCAGAGAACCCGGAGUACCUGGUGGAAAGGAAUAGCCGACGUAAUUCUGAAAAGAUCAAAGGCACUGUCCGUUACCACUCACAGAGACGACCGUCCAACCGGGAUGAAUUUGAUGGACCCCAUCAGUUACUAGAUAUCCCCUCUCCGCGUAUUAUAGCGGCUCAGGGAAGGGAUCUUCCUCAUCUUCCUACUAAUCUUGAUGUUUCAGAGCAAGAUCGAAUCCUGAGCGCAGUGAAUGACCGGCUGUCGCAAUGUGCUUUUGACUUUGUUGCAAAGUAUCAAUUUCCGAUUCCACUGGAACCGGACAAGAGACAGGUGAGGGUUCCCUCAGACCGUGAAUGGACUGAGUGGGUAUAUCUCCUUAAAAGACUGGCCACCAAGCGCCGCAUUCCCGCCCGGGUCUUGUAUAAUGGCCAGAUCAAGCAAUUAGUCACGGUGCUGGAAAACUCCCUGGAAAUGAGGCAUGCUGCCAAGCAUCAGUCUAGACCCAUCAAGGAUGAUCGAAAUGUUCUCCAGCUAAUUUCAGCCGGCACCCAAGUGGCAAAGAUCCUUAAAGAUGCCAGUGCCAUGGAGUACUUAGACCGUCUUUAUGUUGACACGGAGAAGCGCAUUCAGGAUCGACGUACUCGGCGGGUAAAGUUCGCCAAUCCAUGAACAAGCCCUGGCUCUUUCAAUUUUGAAUGUGAUAUCUCCACACAAUGGCCACUUUCCUUUUUAUGCCGCAGACUAUGCCCUACUGGAAACUAUCAUGUCCCAUGGCCUAUGGUACACUUCCAUUACUCCUUGAUAGGCUAUUUCCAGGGAUGGUUCCU